GUGUACUUCUAAGGUGGGAGGGGGCUACAAGCAGAGGAUAAUGUCAGAUGCUUAGCUCUUUCCUUCUGCCUGACGCUCCUCUCUGGCUCCGCCAGUGUUGGUCUCUGUAAGAAAUAGCAGGGACCGUGGCAGCGGCGAGAGGAAGCGGCGGAGGCGCGUGGAACCUGAAAAGUCCGGGUGCUCGCGGUUACCUCACAACGUGGUCCCAGCCGACCGUCAGCACCAUGGACAGCAGCGCCGUGCCCGCGAACGCCGGCAACUGCACUGAUCCUUUUACGCGCUCUGCAAGUUGCUCCCCAGCACCUAGCCCCAGCUCCUGGGUCAACUUCUCCCACUUAGAAGGCAACCUGUCCGACCCAUGCGGUCCGAACCGCACCGAGCUGGGCGGCAGCGACAGCCUGUGCCCUCCGACUGGCAGUCCUUCCAUGAUCACGGCCAUCACCAUCAUGGCCCUCUACUCCAUCGUGUGCGUGGUGGGUCUCUUCGGAAACUUCCUGGUCAUGUAUGUGAUUGUCAGAUACACCAAAAUGAAGACCGCCACCAACAUCUAUAUUUUCAACCUUGCUCUGGCAGAUGCCUUAGCAACCAGUACCCUGCCCUUCCAGAGUGUCAACUACCUAAUGGGAACAUGGCCGUUUGGAACCAUCCUCUGCAAGAUUGUGAUCUCCAUAGAUUACUACAACAUGUUCACCAGCAUAUUCACCCUCUGUACCAUGAGCGUUGACCGCUACAUUGCAGUCUGCCAUCCCGUCAAGGCCCUUGAUUUCCGCACUCCCCGCAAUGCCAAAAUCGUCAAUGUCUGCAACUGGAUCCUCUCUUCAGCCAUUGGUCUGCCUGUGAUGUUCAUGGCGACAACGAAGUACCGGCAUGGUUCCAUAGAUUGUACACUAACAUUCUCUCACCCAACCUGGUACUGGGAAAACCUGCUGAAAAUCUGUGUUUUCAUCUUUGCCUUCAUCAUGCCGGUCCUCAUCAUUACAGUGUGCUAUGGACUGAUGAUCUUACGCCUCAAGAGUGUCCGUAUGCUCUCUGGCUCCAAAGAAAAGGAUAGGAACCUGCGAAGGAUCACCAGGAUGGUGCUGGUGGUUGUGGCUGUUUUCAUUGUCUGCUGGACUCCCAUCCACAUUUACGUCAUCAUUAAAGCCUUGAUUACAAUCCCAGAAACUACUUUCCAGACUGUUUCCUGGCACUUCUGCAUUGCUCUGGGUUAUACAAACAGCUGCCUGAACCCAGUCCUUUAUGCAUUCCUGGAUGAAAACUUCAAACGAUGCUUCAGAGAGUUCUGUAUCCCAACUUCCUCCACCAUUGAGCAGCAAAACUCCACGCGAAUUCGUCAGAACACCAGAGACCACCCCUCCACGGCCAACACAGUGGACAGGACUAACCAUCAGCUAGAAAAUCUGGAAGCAGAAACUGCUCCGUUGCCCUAACUGGCCCUCAUGCCAUUGAGACCCUCCCUGAGCUUAGAAGCCACCAUCUCUGUGGGAGCAGGUCGCAGCCAGCACGUGUGGGAAGGCUCCAGCUUCCUAGGAAAGUGCCUCCUCUGAGUCAUCGAAACUCUCCUCUCUGGCCACUCCGCUCUGCACACGGGAGGGACAUCCAAUCUAAAUUAAGCACUAGGAAGGCAAGAACUAAACCACAGUGAGUUGUCUUGUGUACAUAAUCGUGAGGAAGAAGCCCAAGGGGACCGAACCAUGCUGCGGUAUGUGCGUUGAGGUCAUCGUCAAAGGUGGCCAUUCUGUAUGUAAUAUUGUUUUCAAGCAAAUAUUUAUGAGCUCAUCCAAGAAAAACCAUCACCUGUUAAAUUCACCAUAGUAAAUGUAAAGUAAAUGCUACCUCUGAUCAAAGCACCUUAUGUGGAAAUCCAAGACUUUCCAGCCUUCUGUAGGAGAAUACUUUUGCUCUAUUUUUGACCUUUAAUGUUAACCUUCACUUUAUCUGCAGUUAAGACAUGAAUUCCAAGUUCAUUUCUUGGUUUUGCAUUUUUUAAAAGAAUAACAUCUCUUACCUAGCUCCGUUUUCCCAAGGGAAGAAAUUACCAUGAAAGGUAACCUGAAACUCAGUAAUGCGUCAGCUGCAAAGAGGUUGAUUCUCGUGCCCUACAAGUACUUCCUGAGAGUCAUGAUGGGAGAUUUUUCACUCUUAGACUUGCAGUGGUUUGCUCAGCUUUAACUCUGCAAUUCCCUUGCUCCCAUCUGAGCUUUGGAAAAAAGGUAACAGUGGGUCAAUGAGCUCGUCACUUUAUCCAUGCAGGAAGUCAAGCACUGAAACUGCUUUUCAUUUCUCAAUAGUUUCUCCAUCCCUGCGUGUUCCCUUUACACUGUGUUCUUUUUUUUUUUUUUUCAACUCUGCUCAGAAUACUUAUGCCUCUUGGAUCAGCACGACAAAAUGACAGAUGUUUGAUGUUGAUUUUCAGAACGGUUUCAACUUUUUUAAAAAUGUGGAUCCAAUAUACUUAAUCUCAAAAUAGAAAGACUCAAAUGACCACAGAGAAAAGUGGAUGGUCUACUUUUCACUCCUGUGUAGUUACUUGGACAUGAAAUAUUCACAAUGACCCAAGAAUAUUUUCCUGAAGAUUGUGUUUCUAUCAUGUUAUCACCAAUACAUUGGUCUUUUUGAUCUUGGCUAACUGUCAAGAUUUCCUUUGUAAAAUGUCAGUCUUCUAAGUAGUUUAAGACAAUUCCUUCUCUUUGACUGGUUUUCUUUGGUAUGAAAUAUAGUUAGAGAUUUGGCAACCAUCUGUUUUAUUUGACCUCUAGAGGCAAUCAAGUCAGAUGACCCAUGCCAAAAAACUCUCCACUUUGAAUUUUUGUCUGCAUUGUUUAAGUGAACCAAGUAAGUUGUAGUUUUCUAUGAAGACACAGAAAACAGGGUGUGAGCUUCCCUUAUAAGAAUAUUCCUCAGUCUACAAGCUGCCAGCAGACUCAACCUUACAAUUUGUAUUCAUUCUUCAAGCUAAGAAGGCACAAAUAUGCAUCAGAUAUCCAAGAGCAGUGUUUCAGGAAGACAGCUGUCAUGGAUCAGAAUAAAUGAGUUUAUUGUCUCAGAUCCAAUCGGCUGUAGUUAUAUGGACCCAACCCAUGUAUCUGUUAGAUGAGAAAAAGACAAAAUCCCGGAUAAAUGUUUAAAUGUUUCCUCCUGACGAAGUCUUAUAUUUGCCUCUAAUCAUCUCCAUUUCUCAAAUAUAAUGUCCCAGAAUGAAUAUGCUUUUUUUUUAAUUUUUACAUUUUCUAAUCAAAAUAAUUAAAAUCAGGGCCUUAAAAAGAAUGUUGAAUAAAUGCAUUUGUGUAUAUACAUUUAUAUAUGUGCACUAUUAGAGCUUCCACAAGUAAAAGGGAUCAUUCAAAGGAAGCACAAUAAAGGAAAAUUAAACAUUUGUAUAUAAGUCACUGGGGAGGAAAGUUCUUGUUUUUACUGGGCCUUAAACACAUGAGUUCUCUCAAGGGAUGACGUAGUAUUGCUUUCUGCUCAUAAGGCUGUUUCUCAACAAUCAUUAUUUCUGCCUAAUGACCAGCUCUUAGCUAAGUAAAUAAUAAAUUAGUGUGCUUUUGAUAUUUUUCAUUCAAAACCAUGUUUUAUCAUCAGUUUGCUAGAACUACCUUGAAAUUCCAUGACAAAUAGAGAAGUAACAGCCUGGACCCAGUUGGAUGGGUUGAACUUUCUCAUGAAAUCUAAAGAUUAAGAAAAUAUAAUGUUCUACUUUGUUCUUUCUUCUUUUAUUCUUCUAUUUCACCCUUGCCCUUAUGGAUGGGAUUUCUUCCUAGUUUGGCAUCCCAGUGAUGCCAGCAGUACACAUGAAACAGAAAUGUUUCUUCUCGUCUGAUUCCGGGCUGUGGAAUUUCUCAUCUCCAGGAGGCCUUCCCUCCUUUAGUCUCCACCAUCGUGGUUAUUUUGCUCCCACAUCCGUCUAUCUCUGCCAAUCACCAGGGAGGAAAGAAAAGGGAGAUGAGAUCCAGGUGGAGCAAAUGUGAGUCACCAGGAGUUUGCUGCCAGUACCCGUACUUGGAGGGGGGGGGGUCCUCAGAAGGAGAUCUGAGCACACUUUUGUUUUAAACUUUUUGCUGUAAUAUUCUGGAUCCACCUUAACAAUCUGAUGAUGUCAAAUAAAAGAGUUUAGUGGAGAGGCUAAAAGUUUGAGCUUCAAGGUCAUCUAGAUCCGUGUCUGAAAAAACACUGGCAUUUUUUGGCUCUGUGGAUUUGGGCAACAUAUUUCAGCUCUUUUAGCUUCAGCCCUCUCUUAGA